CAGGUCCCAUACCUUUAUCACUGCCUUCAACAUGCUAAAUAUUAAUUGUAAUAAUGAACAAAUGAAAAAGGCGCAGUACUUUGGGAGAGGAACUCCAGUUGGCCCCAUACAAGUCUCCUUUUUGCCAUGAUCCAGCCAAAUUCAGACAGGACUAAGCAGAAGUCUGUACUCGGUGCAAAGUCCAUCUCAAUACGAUUUCCAGCGUUGGCUGGUCCUGUAUCAAUCCGCAUCCAGUGCGCUGCCUAUUGCGCAGCCCAUUGAUACUCAGCAAAUGAAGGAUGUGGAUGCGCAAUGGUGUGGGAGUGGCGCAGAGCUGGGCGCGCUCUCACUAGACUGGAGACGCCACUGACUCGGGAGCAGAAGCACAAGACAGGAGUCGGAACAAGCCAAGGAUGGCUUCAUCUCAAGGCAGGAGCGAUGUGCAGUUCGCAGACUGGAUGGCAAGUUUGCCCGAAAGGAUCCACAGGGUCCCUCUCACCAGCUUGGCUAUUCCAGGAUCUCACGAUUCCUUCAGUUUCUACAUUGACGAGGCCUCUCCUGUUGGACCUGAGCAGCCGGAAACUGUCCAGAACUUUGUCUCCGUGUUCGGUACUGUGGCUAAAAAGCUCAUGAGAAAGUGGUUGGCCACACAAACCAUGAAUUUCACAAGCCAGCUAGAGGCAGGAAUACGGUAUUUUGAUCUCCGCAUCUCAACGAAACCUAGAGACCCUGAUAACGAGUUGUAUUUUGCUCAUGGAUUAUUUAGUGCCAAAGUCAAUGAAGGCCUUGAAGCAAUUAAUGCCUACCUGUCCAGCCACACUAAAGAGGUAGUGUUCUUGGACUUCAAUCAUUUCUAUGGGAUGCAAAAAUACCAUCAUGAGAACCUUGUACAGAUGCUCAGAGACAUAUUUGGGAAGAAAAUCUGCCCAGUUAUAUUCGCCCAGGAAGUGUGUCUUAAGUAUCUCUGGGAGAGGAAUUAUCAGAUCUUGGUGUUUUAUCAUAGUCCAGUGGCUCUUGAAGUUCCUUUUCUAUGGCCAGGGCAAAUGAUGCCGGCUCCCUGGGCAAAUACAACGGACACUGAAAAACUGAUUCAGUUCCUGCACUCUUCGAUCACUGACCGGAGGAACAAAGGUUCCUUUUUUGUAUCUCAGGUGGUACUAACGCCCAAAGCGAGUACUGUGGUCAAAGGAGUGACCAGUGGCCUCAGAGAAACAAUAACAGAAAGAGCUCUCCCCGCUAUGAUGCAUUGGGUUCGGACUCAGAAACCCGGGGAGGGUGGAAUCAAUAUCGUCAGCGCUGAUUUUGUAGAAUUAGGCGACUUUAUCAGCACGGUCAUACGCCUGAACUAUCUCCUGGAUGAAGAAGACAGCAUGACUUGAUGAUUCCCAUCAGGAUUCUCAGAACACUAAAUGCUGCAGUGUAAUUGUAUUAGCAGUGAUAUUGUCACAAACAGAAAUCUUCCUACCAUCAUGAAUUUCUGAGUUGCAUCUUGUGGCUAGAGGGCUAAGGGGAUGCUUAAACGGUUUCAAUUAAAUUUGAAACGAAAGAGACCAUUUUGGACAAUUGUGUUAUUGUUAUUAUUUUUAGUGGGCUUUGCUCUUUCAAACUCCCUCCCUGCAAAUUCAGGCGUUUACUUUGAAAAUUGCAUUUAGGAGGAAAGAUGAGGGCAAUGAGAAGAGGUAUAUAAUUUGUUAGAGAAAUAAUUGAAUUUGACUACUUAUAGCAGUAGGACUGAAUUUUCUACACGUAAUCUUGGAAUUUAGGAGGCCAAUAUUUACCUUCUGAUAUUAUAUUGACUUAAUUAUAUUUACAGAGGCACCACUGUUAUGUUAGUUAUAUAAGUUAUGUUUUAUGUUUAUUCUCAUGCUUCUUAUCGCUCAGUAUUUAGGUCAAGCCUAGUGAUGGGUGAAUAAAUUCGGCAGGUACAAAUUAGCGGUGAAUUUCCGUGUUUCACCAGUGGUGAAUAAAUU